AUGAGUGCUAAAGAGGAAAAAUUUAAUAAUGAAAAUGAUAUUGAAGGAAAUACAGAAGAAAUUGUUGAUACAUUUGAUGCAUUAGGUUUAAAUGAAAAGCUUUUAAGAGGUAUUUAUUCUUAUGGUUUUGAAAAACCAUCAGCUAUUCAACAAAGGGGUAUUAAACCAAUUUUGAAUGGAUAUGAUACCAUAGGUCAAGCUCAAUCAGGAACAGGAAAAACAGCAACUUUUGUAAUUUCUUCUUUACAAUUAAUAAAUUAUGAUUAUGUUGCAUGUCAAGCAUUAAUUUUGGCUCCAACUCGUGAGCUAGCUCAACAAAUACAAAAGGUUGUUUUGGCUUUGGGAGAUUAUUUAAAAGUAAAAUGUCAUGCUUGUGUAGGAGGAACUGUUGUAAGAGAAGAUAUUGACAAAUUAAAACAAGGAGUACAUAUGGUUGUUGGUACUCCAGGAAGAGUUUAUGAUAUGAUUGAUAAAAGACAUUUGGGUGUAGAUAGAUUAAAAUUAUUUAUUUUAGAUGAAGCUGAUGAAAUGUUAUCAAGAGGAUUUAAAGCACAAAUUUAUGAAGUUUUUAAAAAGUUAGUUCCAGAUAUUCAAGUUGCUUUAUUUUCUGCUACUAUGCCACAAGAAAUUUUAGAAUUAACCACUAGAUUUAUGAGAGAUCCUAAAACUAUAUUAGUUAAGAAGGAUGAGUUAACACUUGAAGGUAUUAGACAAUUUUAUGUUGCUGUAGAAAAAGAAGAAUGGAAAUUAGAUACUUUAUGUGAUUUAUAUGAAACUUUAACUAUUACCCAAUCAAUUAUUUAUUGUAACACAAGAAAAAAAGUUGAUAUUUUAACACAAGAAAUGCACAAUCGUCUUUUCACCGUUUCUUGUAUGCAUGGAGAUAUGGAUCAAAAGGAUAGAGAUUUAAUUAUGAGAGAAUUUAGAUCAGGAUCGACAAGAGUUUUAGUAACAACUGAUUUAUUAGCAAGAGGUAUUGAUGUACAACAAGUCUCUUUAGUCAUUAAUUAUGACUUACCAUGCUCACCAGAUACAUAUAUUCAUAGAAUUGGUCGUUCAGGAAGAUUUGGUCGUAAAGGAGUUGCAAUUAAUUUUGUUACAAAUGACGAUAAAGAAAAAGAUAAAUUAAAAAAAAUUGAAUCAUACUAUAGUACACAAAUUGAAGAAAUGCCUUUAGAAGUAAUUUAA